UGAAAAUUCUUAGAUCGAAACCAGUAAAUGAAAAUGAGAAGGCCAAUUUUUUGGUUUCCAAAGGCGCAGAUAUUGUAUGCGCGGAUUAUAAUAAAGAAGAUGAACUUGUCAAUGCUCUUGAAGGAACUGACGUUUUAAUCAGUACCAUAAGUUUACGAUGUGACAUUUUUAAUAUUCAAUGUAAUUUAUUGGCUGCGGCUAAAAAAGUUGGUGUAAAAAGAUUUAUUCCCUCCGAGUUUGGCAUGGAACAUACACCCAGCACCGAAAUUUUAUUGAAGGAGACGGGUAGAUUCCAGAAAGAACUAGAAAAAAGCGGACUCGAAUAUACAUUCAUAUACAAUGGAUUAUUCCAAGAAUAUCUUGGUUGGAUUGGAUUCGAUGUUAAGAAUAAGAGCGUGAAAUUCUAUGUGGAUGGCAAUACAAAGCUCGUUUCCACUUCUAUGGCUGAUAUUGGAAAAUAUACCGUGGAGUCGCUUAAAAUACCGGAAGCCCGUAACGCUCAUAUUAGAGUUGCUGGUGCAAUCUUGACAUUAGAUGAGUAUCUUCAAAAGUUUGAAGAAGCUUCGGGAUCAAAGUGGGAAGUUGUUUACGAUAAAGAAAUUCCUCAAACCGGCGCAGAAAAAUUUAAGGCCAUGGCAAUGGAAAAUGCUUUUUUCGAAAAUAUAGACAAUGACAAAUUCAGCUUCUCUCCUCGUCCCGUCACCGAAGUUAUUGGAGAUUUAGUAUCGAAUACCAAAUAA